CGACAGACGUCGGAUGCCCCUUCUUGACUCUGCUCUUGGGUGCGGCGGCUUGCUCUGACCUGAUCUGUGGCUGCGCACGAGUAACAACUCCAGAUGGCGGUGGCGAUCUGGAAGCUCGACGCGACGGUGACUCUCCUUCGCUCCUUAGGAUCUCCUCUGCUGCGGCACUUGGUUUAGAUUUGUUGAAGUUUGAAGCGGAGGAGGACAGGAGGAUAAUUAGGGUUGGGGAGAAUUAUUGAUGCCGCCGGAGCCGUCCCCUUGGGAUCGGAAGGACUUCUUCAGGGAGAGGAAGCACGAGCAGUCGGAAUUUAUCGGUGGAGGAGGAGGCGGAGGACCUGGUGGUUCUGGAGGCGGGACCAGAUGGAGGGAGCAUCCAGGGAAUAACCACCACUACAGCUCGUCCUCUCGCUGGGCAGCUAGAUUUCCUCCUGAGCAAUGAAAGAGAGAUGAAGUGGUCCAUUGUGCUCGUCGGAAUCCACGUUGGUCUCGUCAGAAUUGUCUAGGUUAAAGCCCAGGGUGGCGGCACCCAAAAACUGGUUUCGAUCUGAAUCCACAUCUUGCCCGUAGAAAUACAUGGCAAGCGUCCUGUAGCCUAAAAGCAAUGGCUAGUGUUUCCAAGCAUCCCCACAAAGCAAUGGCUAGUGUUUCCAAGCAUCCCCACAACUGUUCUGAGAAGAUGUGAGGGGAAGAGGAGUAAGAAUUGCAUGCGAGGGAAGCCUUAGAGAAAUUAAAAGGAAUCUUUCUCUUAGAAAAUAUUCCAUUUCCGUCAAGGAACUGAACAGACUCCUUAUUAAUAGGAAAAAGGGAGAAGGCUAUUGGAAUGAAAGAAUUAGCACAGUUUGGUGGUUGUGUUUGGCAUCGUGGGCAAAAGGAGAAACAAAGAACAAGAUUAAAGCAAAAACUAAGAAAGCUGUCUCGUCAUU